AUGACCGAAGUAGAUCAGCUCAGCAAGCCUGACCACAUAUAUAAUGUACAGUAUGAUGCUCGCGAGCUCUCUGUACCUCGCUUCGGAAGGCCGCAGGAUGUACGGGGUGGAAACACCAGGCCUAUAAGGAGUAUUGCAUACUCGUGUGAUGGCAAGAAAGUAGCGACAGGAUGUGAUCAGCGGGGACUGAGAGUAUGGGAUGUACGGGAGAAGAUGGACUCUGCAACAUCCUUCUCAUUACCACUGUCUGGCGAGAAAGCUAGCCCACACGGAGGCCAUGUCUCUUGCCUUGCGUGGUCACCUAUAGAUCCUAAUAUACUCAUCUCCGGCUGCAAAGCGUCGGCCACGGGAAGCUGCGUCGCGGUGUGGGACAUAAGAACUCCUAAGCUUGCUGUAGUGACCCUAAAACUCCCCUCCGAUAUCUUGCACCUCUCCUUCCAUCCCAAUGGCACCCACUUUGCCGUCGUCUGCCCUCGGCCUAUCCGGGAUGAGGUCUACUUCUUCCAUCAGACGAUGAUCAACUCCCUUCGAUUCGCCAACUCGGGCCAAUACCUCUGUGCCGUGGGCAAUGAAGGCUCCCUCAAUGCGUGGUACUACCCGCUCACCUCGGCUCCGCCCACUCCACCCUCUUCUCCACCUGCCCGGGACAUCGAAGCGGGACCAUCGCGGAUACCGAGCCCAAAAAGUUGGAACGGUACACGGGAGGGUACGCCUAGCGCCCUGCCACAAGGCGAUAACAACGGAGAAGACGUCGAAAUGGGGGAUGCUGCCAAUACUACUGGUGAUACCGAGAUCGACCCAAACAGAAGCGGACUUGGUCUCACCCUGGACACUGCAGUGACUCGGUCCUCGGCCACCGUUCCGCCACCCACCCUUUCCCGCCCAUCCUCACCCUCAUCUCGCAAACGCAAUGACCCCCUCGGACAGUCUACAACGACGCUCAACUCGUCGACAUCUUCCGCUCCAGCUCGGAAAAUCCCCCAGCAGCUCAAACGGAUAAAACACUCGAUCGUCCACAGCGCGUCCCUUUUGGCUUUGGGGCUGGAUCCGACGGGGCGGUAUCUCGCUGUCGGCGGUCAGGAUGCGCUGUUGAGCUUGUUCAGCACAAAAGAGUGGAUAUGUACCAGGACAUACGAUGUGUCGACUGGCGGAAUCCGGAAUAUAGCCUUCUCGCCUGACGGGGAGAUGAUCGCCUUUGCAGGGGAUGAGGCGUUCAUCUACAUUGUCUCGGUCCAUUCCGGUCAGACCAUCUCAAAAUUCGCUGUCCCCUUCAAUGUCAACGCCUUGACGUGGCACCCAUCCAAGAAUUGGCUGGCGUACAGCGUGAUCAGCAAAGGCGCUAUUGUCUGGUUUGUAGUACAGCAAGAGUAG